AUUUCACAAUAAAACUCAGUUACGGUAAUCUUCGAGCGCGCACGCGCACACACUAACAAUAACGUUUGACUGGCCAAUGAAGUCCGCAGGGCAAAGCCCCAGCUCAGCUAAACUCACCCACACAAUAUAAAUCCGGAGUGGGCAGCCCGUCAGCAAGUUUGCCCUCUUGUAGCGCUAAUGGACACCACAAUCACUAUCACGCGACCGUACGUGCUAGUAUAAAAAUAAAACUACAUUUCCCAGCAUUCUCUGCUCCGGCGGCUUGUUUAUCCAAUGGUCAUUCGAUGCGCUCUUCUGGCGACCAAUCGGACAGUAAUCUCUUAAUUCUAACGGUUAAAUAACAUGAAAAUCCCUCUUAUCAGCACUAUUUACUUAGUUAAUUUCCCACCUCCGGAUACGCAACAGCAAUGUUGUGAUCUUGCUGCAAGACACGUGUUUCACAUCUUCGCGGAUUUCAAGUUUUGACAGCCUACGCUCAAGAUGCUGGCAGGUGUCCGGUUGUGUGCCCGCUCGUGUAAAGGCUGGUCUGUUCGUAGCAUGAGUUUAUCGCCGCGUCAGAUCAACGAGUCCUCCGAGCCUCCUACGGACAGUCCUCGAGUCCUCAUCACAGGUGGCCUGGGACAACUUGGAGUUGGACUAGCUGAAAUGCUGAGGAAGCAGUAUGGAAAGGAAAACGUCAUUCUAUCAGACAUUAGGAGGCCUCCCGCUGAGGUUUAUAACAUGGGUCCGUUUGUAUACGCCGAUGUGCUGGACUAUAAAAACCUGAGGGAGCUAGUUGUGAAUAACAGAAUCACCUGGCUGGUGCAUUACAGUGCAUUACUCAGCGCUAUCGGGGAAGCUAACGUGGCUCUCGCCCGCACCAUCAAUAUCACAGGUCUGCAUAAUGUGUUAGAUCUUGCUCUGGAGAACUGCUUGCGACUGUUUGUACCCAGUACCAUCGGAGCAUUCGGCCCUUCAUCUCCCCGUGACCCAGCACCUGACCUCUGUAUCCAGAGACCUCGCACCAUUUAUGGGGUUUCCAAAGUCCAUGCAGAGCUGAUGGGGGAAUAUCUUCACCAUAAAUAUGGCCUGGAUUUCCGAUGUUUGCGAUACCCAGGAGUGGUUUCUGCUCACACCAAGCCAGGAGGAGGCACUACUGAUUAUGCUGUCCAGAUAUUUCAUGAUGCCCUCAGCACCGGCCACCAUGAAUGUUACUUGCGCUCCAACACUCGGCUUCCCAUGAUGCACGUAUCUGACUGCCACAGGGCCACUAUUGAGUUCAUGCAGGCCCCUGAAAGCCAGCUUUCCCUGCGUACUUACAACAUCGCAGCCAUGAGCUUUACACCUGAAGAGGUGGCGGAAGAGAUUCGCAAACACCUGCCCCAUCUGAGGGUCACCUACAAUCCUGAUACUAUCCGGCAGACUAUCGCGGACAGCUGGCCAGUGCGUUUUGAUGACUCUAACGCACGUCAGGACUGGGGCUGGAAGCCUGCGUACGGCUUGUCAGAGCUGGUCACAGACAUGCUGGCCUCCAUUCGUGAAAAGAGAACCAAUGCAGGAUUACCUGUCAGCUAGCAGGUCUUCUCAGGGACUGAAACACAGAUCACCAGCAACUUUCCAGUACAUUUCCAAACUCAUCUAUCUCAAAGUUGGUAGCUGUUUCUUUAGAUCAGGACCUUCCGUUAGUUAGAGAGCUACUGACGCUGACAGCUCUCUGAACAUGUAUGCUCGUCAAGAAAACAUGUUAACUAACAGUGAAAACAAUCUCUCAUCGCUCAGGAGACUCUGUCUUUCUUUUCUGUGAUCUGUUCUCACAUAGUUUUUAAGUUGUCAUGAAACAGGGAAGAACAAGGAAACAACAAAAUUCUGAUGAAUACAGUAUAAAAUUAAAGAUAAUAAUAUAAUUGCACACAUUAGAGAUGAAACUGUCCGGUUUGAUUAUUUUACAGACAUCAUACACUAUAUUAAAAUAACAAGGUCAGUACUGAGAAAAAUGUCUGGCUCAAACUUCAAUGAUCUGAUGUUAUAAUGAAAUCUUUCCUAAUCCUAACCAAUUGUCUGUUUGGGAGAAUUUUGACAAAUACAAUAAGGACCACUAGAAACCUCACUCUGCGCUAUAGACUGUAUUGUGUACAAGAGGAAGGGUCUCAGUUAGAACACAGCCUUGGGCAGAAAAUACUUUAAACCACUAAUACCGUUAGUGUGAAUCAAAAGACUGCCUUUGUUCCAGCUGCUAUCAGCACAGUUGCCUGGAUUUUGGGUUCUGUUAAACCCACUAUUUUUUUUUUAAUUGGGGUCAGUUAUCAAAGGGCUAUGGGUUCACAAUGUAUAGUGUGGUGGUGUGCAUUAAGUACUUAAUCGCUCAGCAUUGCUGAUGUAUUAUUAUACAUGGUUAAGAGUUUUUUUAAACACAUUUUUUAACUCAGAAGAUCAGAACUACUGGAUAAAACACACAAAGCGGCCUUGCUACAGUGAAGGUGGUGUUCUUUGACUUUGGCCCGUCUGGAAAUCUUAGUCUGCCUUUUGUAGACUACUGGUGCAGACAAAUAAAAAUGUCCGAUUUAAGACAAUAAAGUGACUCACUUCUUUCAAAAGCAAGUGUGAUUUCCGUGUUAAAAGUUGAAACUGCCUUAAUUUUCAGUUACUAUUUAACAUCAAAAGUUGUUAACGAAUCGCAUUAAGAACUGAUGGAAAAUUGCAGUGUAUGUCAAAUAAAUGGCUUUAAUACAGCAAA